GAUCCUCCUAAAAUUUACAACAAUGACAAACCCCUUUAGAUGGGUCAAAAAUGGCGCCCCCGUCUGAACUGUCUAACGUCAGUUUAGGAUGGUGAGGAGGGAUUUCAGCCGUUGAUUUCUUGCACGCCUCUAAAUUGGUGACAGCCGGAAAUGGUGCUGGGAAACUUCCAGGAUGCGCCGACAAUUGCGCUCCACGACAGUCUGGGUUGGAAUUAGCGGGGAAAGUGAUUCUGUCAGAGAAUUUGUUAGGGUGCUCAAAACUUUCAAGAGCAGGAGAAGGGGGAUUAUAACUGGGUGGACUACCAGUUUGAUGCUAGCGGUUUCCAUGAUUGAAGGGUGUUGUGAGAUAUUAUUAUCUUCUUGACAGUUAAAAAGUGAGUCGAUUCCUUUCCCUAUGUUGGAUUAGGCACCCAGUGGUGUAGGGUAAAACCGAAAACGUUUUGCUCUUGGCUCUUUCUUAAUGUCUGGUUUUUUGCUGGCGAAAGGACUCGAACAACAGACUGACUGAAUGCAAGGCUUUGUUGUAAGGGGUACUUUGAACUCUGUGUACUUGUCACUUGGUAGCUGGGCCUCAUGAUUUGAUCAGACAGAAAUGUAUUUAUGGUGGUGAAGUGUAACGGCUUCUGGUUUCUCUUUACUAUUCCUGGGAGUUUAUUGAAUGGACUACAGGUCCUGGGUUUGGAUCUCGCAAGUCACAUAGAAAUAUCUCUGUAGCAGCUUUUAUAAUUCUGUUUGGGUGUAGACGGCAGUGAUUGUUAUUGGGAAAAAUGACGAACCUGAAGCACAAGCACAAUGGGAAGGAUGUAGUCCUUAUUCUGGUCUGUGCCACUGUUAUUGGUGUUGCUGUGUCCGCCAUUGUACACAAGGCUGCAAUCACCUUCAACCCAUUUCUUCCUGAUGCCUUUUCGCAGACUGUCAAUAUAUUUGUCUCCUCCACGGUUACAAAGUCUGAAGAUUCGUCAGAAGCAUCUUCUGCACAGAAUGUAGUAGCCUCACCUGCCCCAGCACCAGAUCCAGCUCCUCCAGCACCGCCUCUCGAUGAAUCAGACAGAGAGGAGUUUGCACAGAAUGUAGUAGCCUCACUUGCUCCAGCGCCAGAUCUAGCCCCUCCAGCCCAACCUCUGGAUGAAUUCGACAGAGUAUUGGCCAGAACUGCAAAUGCCAACAAGACGGUUAUUUUAACUGCAUUGAAUGGGGCAUGGGCAGAGCCCAAUACCAUGAUUGAUCUAUUUCUGGAGAGCUUCCGGAUUGGUGAAGGUACACAGGAGUUGCUGCAAAAUCUGUUGAUUGUUGCUUUGGAUGCUAAGGCCUACAACCGCUGUCGUGAGAUUCAUCCGCACUGUUAUACCCUGAAGACCAGGGGUGUGGAUUUCUCUGCAGAGAAGGUGUACAUGAGCGAUGAUUACUUGAAAAUGAUGUGGACGAGGCUUGGCUUCCUUGGUGACAUUCUCAAGCGUGGCUACAGUUUUGUUUUCUCUGAUGCGGAUAUAAUGUGGUUGCGCAACCCUUUCACAAGAUUUUCAGUGGACGCAGAUAUUCAGAUUGCUUCCGACAGAUUCAACGGCAAUGCAUUUGAUGUCAACAACAGGCCCAAUGGGGGCUACAAAUACGUCCGAUCCAACGAACGGACCAUCAGCUUUUAUAAAUUCUGGUACAUGUCAAGAAGGAUCUUUCCUGGACAAAACGAGCAGGAUGUGUUGAACAUUCUCAAAUUCAGAAGAGGAUUUAGCCGGAGGGGAAUGAAAUUUAUGUUCUUGGAUACCAAGUACUUUGGGGGAUUCUGUGAGAGGAGCGAAUACCUGGACGAUGUCCGUACCAUGCAUGCAAACUGUUGCAAAGGGCUCAAGGCUAAGCUUAUUGAUUUGAGGCAGGCCUUAGAUGAUUGGAUGGUCUAUCGUAACCAAAAUUCAUCAUCUCUGAAUUCUACUUCUCUUGCCAACGUGGGCCAAUGGAAACCUCCCUACGCAUGCCGCAGAUCUUGGGAUAUUUAAAAUACAUAAGAUAUGUGUGUCGCUACUUAACUAUAUAUUUAUGUUUACCUGGGCUCCUACCCCCUCUUAUAUUCUUUUUUAUUGCAUCUUAUAAAUGGAUCCAUUGUUUCAA